GGUACAGGUAUUAGAAAUAGUCAGGUAUUGCAGUGCAUAGACUCUAUGACUUAGACUAUAAUAAUGUUAUAGCAAUGACUAUGUGGUCAUACAGUAUAUGUUAUCAUAGUUACUAUAAACUCAAAAUCAAUCAGUUGUAAGCCAGCAAUGGUUUGAUGACAUUGUUGUUCAACGAAACUAAACUAAAAAAACAAUUGUCAUUUCAAACCACUAAACAAUCAAUAAUUGAUUAAUUCAUUUAACUAUUAAAUUUUCAUACAUAAUGUGAAUAUGAUAUUUAAAAAAGUGUCAAAUGUGCUAAAAAAUUAAAUGAUAUAUAAAAUGUUUAAAUAAUUAUUUGAAACAAUAAUAAUAAAUAAUUGUAACAACAAAUAGAGUUGAAUGAAUAAAGUGGAAGAGUUUGUGGCCCACGGGGCGAGUGUCGGGUGUCUGGCAUUGGGACAAAAGUCGGGUCGGGUUAUGGUUACGGGUGGUCACGACAAAAAGGUCAACCUAUGGGCUAUUGGCAAACAUAACUGUAUUAUGAGCUUGACCGGUCACACAACAGCCGUCGAAUGCGCCAAAUUCAGCCAAAAUGAAGACCUGGUUUGUGCCGGAUCUGCUUCGGGAGCACUCAAAGUAUGGGACUUAGAAGCGGCCAAAUUGCUCAGGACAUUAACUGGACAUAAGACAAACAUCCGAUGUCUUGAUUUUCAUCCAUACGGCGAUUUUGUUGCUUCCGGAUCUUUUGACACUAAUAUUAAGUUAUGGGAUAUACGGAAAAAGGGUUGUAUGUAUACCUAUAAGGGUCACUCUAAGGAUGUUCAUUGCCUUAAGUUUAGUCCCGAUGGUCGAUGGUUAGCAUCGGGUGGUGAUGAAGGUUCAGUCAAGUUAUGGGAUUUACCAGCCGGCAAAAUGCUAGCAGAGCUCAAGGAACAUACCAGUGCCGUAACUGAUGUAGCUUUUCACCCAAAUGAAUUUUUGUUGGCCAGUUCAAGUGCCGACGGGACAGUCAAGUUUUGGGAUUUGGAGAGCUUUCAACAGGUGUCGAGUACAGUGAAUAACUCCGGACCCAUCAGACAAAUCAUCUUUCAUUCCGACGGAAAAGCCAUUUUCAGUGCUGCCAGAGAUGUGCUAAAAGUAUACGGUUGGGAACCGGCGCGAACUUUUGACACAGUAUUCAUGGGUUGGGGAAAAAUUAGCGACAUUUCCGUUUGUGACAAUCAAUUGAUUGCCGGCGGCUUUUCGCUGACCAAUGUCUCAAUAUAUGUGGUAGACUUGAAAAAAGUGAAACCGUUUGGAAAUGCCAUUCAUUCCAAACAAAUGUAUUCACGAGAAAGUGUUUCCAGACAAAGCACACGGAGGAACUUUGUUUUGGGCCAAACCAGUGCCUCUCAUUUACAGCUCGAGUCACUUGAGUCGAACCGCAGCGAUGAAGCCGAGACGGGAACGUCGGAUGGGGACGAGUCGUCACUCGCAGAGAUCAUGAGUUUAGGAGAUUAUAAAGAGAUAUUUAAAUCAAGACGAGAGCUAUGCCGAACCCCUCCCACAAUGUUUAAACAUAUAUCACAGGAUUUUUAUCCCGCCCUCAUAGACAAGGAUUUUCAACGAAAACACAGCGAUCCUAAUCUAACAAUAAGCAGUUUAUCUCCAUUUGGGACCCAAUUGUCAAAACCGUUGAGUCGCUCAACACAACCGUUAGUCAGCAACGGCCGAUCUUUAACCGAAUUAGCAUUCAUUCCAACGGUUGCUCCAGAAAUGGCCACAAAUACACUUAAGUCAACGUUUCGAGAUACUCUUCCGUCGAUUCCUCAUCAGUUGCAACCAUUACGAGUGACACCCACUCAAAACAACUUGAAUAACUUCGUAAAGUCGACAUCUGCCACAUCAUUGAAUCAUUUAUCUUAUAACCCAAUUAUUUACCCGAUUAACAACACUAAUAAUAAUAUUAAUAAUAACAAUUCAUUUAAUGCCAAUCAUAACAAUCAUCGUAUCACAAAUCUGGUACAUCCGCGACCAUCAGAAACAGUGUCCAUUGUUCGACCAGUUAUUAAUGAUAAUUGUAAGCCUAAUCAUACACCGAUAAUCACUCCAAUAGUAUCACCGAUUGCUAAUACAAAUGGAGUGCAUAACCAGCAAAAGGCAGCCAUCGUUUUUCCUGAAACACGAUCUCCUCCGUCACCAUUGGAUGCUCCGGUAGAAAUGAUACCCGAAACUCGCGAUCAUCCAGCUGGUCUUGAUUUGGAUGAGUUUCUACCAAAGCAUCUUCAAGACACUAUGCGGUUAGGUAUUCAACCGCAACCUGAGAUGACUGAGCCGGAGGCGAUGUCGGCUAUAAGAAGAGGACAUAAGUCAAUAGUCACUGUAUUAUCUCAUCGACGCAAGAACUUGUGUAUAAUACUAGCCAUGUGGUCGGCCAAGAAUUCCCUCAAUGCCUUAGAACAAGCCAUUCAUAUGGAGGAUCAGUCUGUGAUAGUCGAUAUACUCAAUGUCAUCAUUUUGAAACCAGCCGUUUGGACACUAGACAUGUGUCAGAUAUUAUUGCCUUGUAUUCAGGAUUUGCUUCAAAGCAAAUAUGAAAGUUAUAUGUCUGUGGGAUGCGCUGCCCUUAAAUUAAUACUAAAACAAUUUGCGCCGACUAUCAAAACCAACAUAACAGCGCCGCCAGGAAUUGGUGUCGAUAUAUCCAGAGAGGAGAGGUACAAUAAAUGUAUGAGUUGUUACAAUCACUUGUUAUCGGUGCGGGCAUUCAUAUUGAAGCGUCAGACACUGCAGGGGAAGUUGGGUCGAUGUUUUAGGGAACUACAUAUUCUUAUGCAAAAUCUUGAAUAACAUCAUUUAUCGACCGAUUUCUAUGACUGUUAUGGAAAAAUUAUGAUUAAAACAUUUUUAUAAAUAUUAUUAGUGAUAAUUAUAAUCAAACAUUUAAUGAUAAAAUAUGAUGCGCUCUAUAGGUUUAUAUUUAUAUCCGUCCGUAUCGUAAAAUAUUAUUAAUGA